AUGCUUGAUUUGGAAAUUCGAGGUAAAAAAAUUUUCAACUGUAAGGAACUAUUGUUUGGUUAUUUACUGAAUUUAGAUAUAGCCCCUCAAGUUCUACUGAACAAUCAUAAUCUGUAUAUCUAUAAUCUUACAAAGACAGUAACCAUAUUAGCAUAUUGAUCCAGGAUUGCAUUUAAAAUAACAUUCUGAGGUUUUAGCUACUUGAACAUCGAUUACAUAAUUUAUUAA